UCAUUCCUCGACAUACCGGUCGUCUUCGAUCGAAAAUAAAUAAUAAACAAAAAAAAAUUUCUCUCAAAUCCUCCUGAAAUAAGGAGAGGAAAACAAGCAACUAAAGAAAAAUAACAAUCUUGUUUACUGAGAAAAAGCUCAGAGGUUCUUGCGAUUUAUGGUGAUGUCGUUAAUCAAUUGAACUUAUCUGUUUUAACUUCUCCAGAAUGGACCAUUCUUCCAGUGGUGAGGGCCCUGCUAUACUGCAGUUACAUAAAUGGGAUCCCUCAGAGUUGCCACUCAAUUUGUCAGAAUAUCGCGAAGCCUUCAUAUCUCCAACAAGGGAAUUACUGUUAUUGCUUUCAUACAAAUGCCAAGCUUUACUACUUCCUUUGACUACAGGGGGAUCUGUAGACACUGAUAUUUCUGAAAUUUGUCAUGAAGAGAGUCCCCAACAUUUAGAUUUAUUAGCUUGUACUAAUUUAAAGGAUGAUUUUCGUGCACUUCUGGAUCAGCAACAUAUUCUGAUGACAGUAUUUCCCUUGAACCUGGAUUUUCAAAGUCUAACUGUUACCCUUUUCUUUGUGAUGUAAAGUCAUUGGCUUGGGGUGUGUGUGGGGAUACCUAUAAUGUAACAUCCGCAAU